ACGUCCGGAGGACUCUAAGAAAUCCAAAGUUCACUCACUUUUUUGACAGAAAAAUACAAAAAUUAAAUGACAUACAUCUACAAAAUAAAUAGAAUAAAUACAUAUAUUCUAUAUUUAUUUAUUGUGACAUUUUCAUCUAUUCAGUCGUGUUCGGAGCUUGCCAUCUUUCCUUGGAGCUGCUCUCAGCAUGCUAAUUUCGAGGUGUUACCUGGAGUGACUAUCAUGGCCAAUCCAAAUCCAGAGACAAAAGCAAACGAAAAGCAGCCGCCGCGACUGGCAAAGCGUUACAAAAGGGACACUGAGCGUGGCAGAUGGAAGACCAAGCACGAGUACAUCCUGUCGCUCUUGGGCUAUGCCAUUGGCAUUAGCAAUGUCUGGCGUUUCCCAUAUCUCUGCUAUCGCAGUGGCGGAGCUGCCUUCUUAAUACCCUACAUGUUUAUGGUCAUAGUGGCCGGCAUACCAUUGUUCUACAUGGAACUAUUAAUUGGUCAAUUCUCAAGCACUGGCUGUACUGGGAUGUUCCGGCUGGCUCCUCUAUUCCGGGGAGCCGGCAUCGCCCAGGUCAUUGUGAACUCCUACUGUGUGUGCUACUAUUCGGUGCUCAUCUCGUAUCCCCUCCGCAUGAUCUCCUACUGUUUCUUUAAGAAGGUGCCUUGGAGGGAUUGCACGAAUUCGUGGAAUACUGAGAAUUGUGUCAGCGUUGACCAGCUGGGGUAUCAAAAUCAAACGGGUUUCACUACUUCUUCAGAGGAGUUCUUCAACCUGGAAGUGCUUAAGCUUUCCUCGGGCAUCUCUGACCUGGGCGGGAUGGUGUGGCAGCAGUUGCUCAGCCUGUUCAUCACCUGGGUCAUUGUGUAUGCCUGUCUGGCAGGAGGUAUCAAAACGGUGGGCAAAGUCGUGUACUUUACCGUGCCCUUUCCCUACCUGCUGCUCCUGAUCCUGUUCGUUAGAGGGGUUUCCCUGCCUGGAGCCUGGGUGGGCAUCAAGUUCUUUCUGUAUCCUGAGUGGCAUCGCCUCCUGGAGCUCAAGGUCUGGGCGGAUGCCGCCAUUCAAAUGUUCUUUGGCCUGGGACCCGGCUGGGGCGGUCUGAUCAACAUGGCCAGCUUCAGUGAUUUCCGGAACAAGCCCAAGUACGAUACGUAUUUCAUAGUUUCGCUAAAUGUUUUCACCAGCAUCUUUGCCGGCUUCGUGGUCUUCUCCGUUCUGGGAUUUCUCUCUUACAAGUCUGGCAUACCCGUUGAAGAUGUAACCACAGGUGGAGCGAGUCUGGCUUUUAUCACCUAUCCGGAGGCCAUUACCAAGAUGCCCGUUCCCCAGCUCUGGGGGCUCCUGUUCUACGUGAUGCUCUUUCUGCUGGGCAUUGACACUGUGUUUGUUCAACUGGAGGCCAUUAUGUCCUCCAUUAUGGACGAGAUGCGGUGGCUGAGGCGGUACAAGUAUGUGAUGAUAAUGGUCACCUGUCUGUUAUUCUUUUUGUGCUCCACCAUAAUGUGCACCAAUGGCGGCAUGUUCAUCCUGCAGCUGUUCGAUUGGUACUCUUCGUCCUUGUCGGUGUGCGUCAUCUGCAUGGUAGAGAUCUUUAUGGUGUCCUGGGUGUAUGGCAUCAAGAACUUUAUGCUGGAUGUGGAGUUUAUGCUCGGCAAGAGGCCCAGUCUGUAUUGGAAGAUUCUGUGGCAGUGGGUAACUCCUCUGAUUCUAAUCUUCAUGUUCAUUACCACCAUUGUCUUCAUGAGGACCAUCACGUACAACAACAUUAAGUAUCCAGCCUGGGCCAUUGUCCUGGGCUGGGCUACUUGCGUGACCUCCGUGAUGUUCAUACCGCUCUACAUUCUGUACAUCAUCAUCCGGAAGCGGUCCACGCUCAGAAGCAGCUUGAAGAGACGCCUCAAGCCCAUGGACUGGACGCCGGCGGAUCCGGAAGAUCGGGCCGCAUACGAGGCCUUUCGACGAGAGAGGAACAUGCCAGGCUUUAUGUCCGAUAGCGACUCUGGUGGUAACAAAUAGCCACAUAUAUAGUUUUUCGAUAUAUACAUAUAUUUGUAGACUACGUGUCCCAAAAUUUGUACAGCCAAUAUAGGUAUUUGUAUGGUUGAA